UAGGACUCCAACUUCGGAAUAUAAAAGACAAAAAAGAACAGAGUUGAAAAUUUCACGCUCGAUGCUGUGCUCUGCAGAGGAUUAAUGCAAUAGCAGAUUAACACGCAAAAUGUGUAAAGUAGAAAAGACUAGUUAGUAAAAAGGAAAAAAAGAAAAAAACCCUAAAAUCGUUUCAUAUUUCUCCGUUUUGAAGCUUUCAUUUACGUUUACAGUAUGAAAAUCAUUGUUUGGUUUGAAGUACGUUUUGUUCAAAUUUUUGGAGGAAUGAGUCUUGAAAUUUAGUUCUAGUACUCCUAGUUUUUUUGUUCUUGAUUUUUUCUUUCUUUUUGGUUUUGAAAAUGGCGAACUCGGGGGAAGUGGAAGCAGAGUACGAGAGCGAACCCGAGGAGUCGGUGUUACUGCGGAGAAGGAGUGAAGCGAGCGACGACGAUAAGGAAGUCGAAGAGGAGGAAAACAAGAUGAUUGUAUCCGCAAGGCUAAAUAGAAUUGUAAGGAGAAUUGGUUACGCUAAUGAAUCGGACGUUCGCGAUGGAGCUCCAGAGUACUACGACGAUAGUGAUGAUGAGGAAGUUUCGUACGUCGAUGAACUUGAAAAGCUUGGAGAACAAGUAGAAGAAGAAAGCGAAGAGGAAGUAGCGGAACAAGUAACGGCGACGAAACAGAGAGGACAAGAGAAGGUAAACGAUGGCGACAACGACGCCUUUGCGGUUCCAAGAAUCGGUGCGUUUUACAUGCACGACGAUCGUUUCGGUGGUCUUCGUCGUCGUAGUCGCGAUCAACGCAGGAAAAACAUCUGGGCAUCCAAAGAUGAAUUAAAAUGGAUGCAUGACAAGUUUGAAGAGAUGACACUGAAGGAAACACAAAACAAAAAACUCAAUGCCUUUGAAGUACACAGGACUUCAAAUGAUUAUCAUCAAAAUCGCAACAAGAAUAAUACUAAAAGUGGUGGUUAUAAAGCAAAAGAAUCCAGACCGCAUUCCAAAUCUGGCAAUAAUGGCAGUUCUUCAAAAAUAGUGAAAGGACGGGGACCUGUUAGAUAUAAACCUCUUUCAAGGAGCAUCUCUGUAAAUCCACCAAUGAAAAGCAUGCAAUUAGAGAAGACUCAAGGAACAAGUUCCAAAACAGAUUCAGCAAGAGUAUUUUCAGCAAAUAACAAGCAGCAAUAUAAAAGGUCCCUGGGGAAGACAGCUAAAGCUGAUUCAGAAAGAGCAUUGUCAACCAAAAGCAAGCAGUCUGCAAAGUCUUUUGAAAUGACUGGAGAUACUGAUUCAUCUGCAGUUUUCUCAAGAAAGAGCAAGCAGUCCUGGGACCUAGGAAUGGCAUCGUACACUGAUCCAGCAAGUGUAUCGUUACCUGGCUUAAAUGUGGAUUGUGAUUCACUUCCCUUUGAUCAGCACCUUUUGGCACCAAGCAUGAGUUCUUACCAGCAAGCAUUUUAUCCUGCAAGUUCUUUUCAUUAUGAUAACUCUGUGACACAGAAAAGGAUGGUACAACCUGGAAGCAGAAAUGCAGUGUUUCCUGCUUCUGUGCUGCCAAAUCAGAUUAUCCAUGUUCAACAAGCCAAUGGGUUUUUACAAGGGAAUAUUGAAGUAGAUAUUCCUUAUGCUAAGGAGGGAGUUAGUCAGGUUGCUGAAAAUUAUUUUACCAAACUUUGUUUUCAGUAUUCUGUACCAGGGUCUACAAACAUGGCUUCUCCAGAGUCAAGAGACCAGAAAACUGGUUCAUCUCUCUCAAUACCAUUUACUUAUCAAGCAACUCCACUUCCUAAUCAGUUAAAUAGAGUUUCUUCUCGGGCACAGUCCAUUGUUCAACAAGUGCAUGCUGAUAGUACAAUUCAACCUCCAUCAAAAGUUUUCUCUCAACAGUUGCAUUCACUCCUUCGGGGUGGAUCUCAGAAAUUAUAUGAAGCAUCAUCUCUGAGUUUUCAUGAACCUGGAAAAUUUGAAUCUCUCACAGGCUCAAUUCAGUCAAAAGUUGCUUCUCUGGGGAUUGUAAGCAACAUCACUAGUCCUCAAUACGCAGGAAUACAAGUUAUGCAAUUUGGAGGCCUGCAUCAUGGGAGUCUUGGUGGUCCUGCCAUGGAUAUGAACUCCACUGGAUACGUUGGUGAAUCUCAAGUUCAUAUCAGGAAUCCCGACCUGACAUGGUUACCAAUCUUACCAGCUGCUGCUGGAGCUGUAAGUGCCACAUGUCAUCGUCCCUUUAUUGCUCCUGAUGGCAGCUGUUAUGGUAAUUUGAUGACAGCACCUUUCCUUGAUGUUGCUAGUUAUGCAACACAUACAUCCAUGCCUAGUAAUGAAGGUAAUACAUCUGGACCUAGUAAUGGCAAUCUGCCACCUUUGGAAACUGACUAUGUCAAGAAAGCUGCAGAGCAUAUGAACAAUGAAUGUGGUAAACAACAGUUCAAGCCUACAAGGUAUUCAAGGAUGAACAUAAAGGAGUGAAGUGGAUACAAUUGGAUGCUUGUAAUUGAGCAGCUCAGAGAUUGAUGCUUCUCUAAUUUGUGGUUUUUCAUUGCUUAUAUGUAAGUAUAUACCAUCCUAACGGUUUGCUUGCCGUAGUUUUCUUUCCUUGUUCCCAAUUUUAACUAGAGUUAAUUCCUGCAGUGGUUUAUAUUUCAAUCUGUAUGCGUGCUUUCAUUUUUUCCUUUUGGAUAUAUAGGCUUUUAUUCCGUUGUUUUUUGAUGAUUGCUGAUUUUUUUUUCCGAUAUCCUGGAUAUCUUGAUUGCUUGAGUUGUUUAGGCUCUCAUAGAUUAAGAUGAUUGUCAGGGAAACUAUUGAUGUCCAAUUCAUUAGUAUGCCAAUAUGGGAAUACUUUCUCAACAUAAAACGGUUGAUAUAAGAAUGGUCCCAAUUAACCAUCACCUGCAUAUUAUACAUUGAACCAAUUGAUUUUGAUUUAUUAUGAUUUAUAUGUUAGGAAAUCAACACGCACACACAGCACACUAUUUUUAAACUAACAAGCUUAAAUCAAGAAUAAAAACACAAAUAUAUUUGUUUUAGUCUAACUCAAAAUGACUUACUCCAAACCUAAUCUACUAUUAAAUAAAUCUUUAUAACUGUGAGACUUUUGUA